AUGGACGAGAUCGUGGUGGACCAGAGCCGGCUUUCUUGGAUCUGCGAGAAAACCGCAGCGGUCCUGAUCAUUUUCUUGGGUCCGUUUGUCGGGCUGAUCGGUGGAGCCUGUCUGCCGCUAAUCUGGAUUUACUUCCGCGUCAAGCUCCUCGUCCAACACUAUCUACGGUCAAAACGUUCCUCACGAGAAAAGGACCCCAUAAUCAAAAUGGUCUAG